CUCCCCGCCCCUGCCUUGCCCUGCCUUGCCCACAACGCCAGAGAGAAAGAGAGAGAGAAAGAGAAACACACAGAGAGAAAGAGAGCCGGGCAGGAAAUACCUGCCAAGAGGGAGCCCUGUCUCAACUUGAAGCGGGGCUCAUUCCUCUCUCUCUCCCUGGCUCUCUCUCAUCCGAAACGCACAGCCUUGCUUCCCUGUUCCUGCGCCUUUUCCUGCGGAGACCCCUGGACCCCCAAGUAUAUUCCAUAGCUCAUGAAUGGAAAUCUGACAAACUUGGCCAUUAAAGAACUGUGAAAAUGGAAACCUCAUCUCUGCUGUCGUCUUUGCACGAUGAAUGCAGAUCGGACAACUACCUUGAGCCACAUUACAAGGAGUGUUACAGGCUGGCCAUUGAUGCACUGAUUGAAGGUGGUUCUGAGGCUUAUCAAGAAUUCCUUGCCAAGGAAAGAUGUUCAGAGUUCCUUGCAGAUGAUGAGAUGAAUUAUAUACUAAGUACUGUUCAGAAACUUCCCCAAAACACAAUUUAUGCUACUGACAAUACAGUUGAUGAUGCCUCUUCAUCGGGAACAUAUUGGCCCAUGGAAUCAGAUGUGGAAGCUCCUAAUCUUGACUUGGGUUGGCCUUACGUGAUGCCUGGGAUUUCUGGUGGUACAAAUAUUGAGUUGCUCUUCCAUCCUCCACGGAUACAACCCUACACAAUAAAGGAAACUAUUCGAAAGAUGAUAAAAGAAGCAAGAAAGGUCAUUGCUAUAGUUAUGGAUAUUUUUUCAGAUGUAGAUAUUUUCAAAGAAAUUGUAGAAGCAUCCACCAAGGGAAUUUCAGUGUAUCUUCUACUGGACGAAUCUAACUUCAACCACUUUCUUAAGAUGACAGAGAAACAGGGCUGCCAAGUCCAGAGGCUCAGGAACAUGAGGGUACGGACAGUAAAAGGACAAGAUUAUUUCUCUAAAUCGGGGGCAAAAUUCCAUGGGAAAAUGGAGCAGAGGUUUCUUCUUGUUGACUGUAAGAAAGUUAUGUAUGGUACAUAUAGCUUUAUGUGGUCAUUUGAAAAAGCCAACCUCAGCAUGGUCCAGAUUAUCACGGGACAACUUGUUGAAUCUUUUGAUGAAGAAUUUAGGACAUUAUAUGCUCGUUCUUCUAUUCCCAGUUCAUUUGCUCCAGAAUUAGUUAGGAUUAAUAGUCGCCGAAUGCUAUGGGAAAAUGAUGCAUACCAACAUUCACAUUCUUCCUUAGCUUCACUUUCUAGUCAGCAUAACCUUUUGGGGAAACAAGACAGGAUUCAUAACAUAGAUCCCAACUUUCUGAAAAGCCGAGUGACUGGCAGAUAUGGAUUAAAUGACAAUGACAAAUUUGGGACUAGAAACCAGCAAUUUCAAAAAACACAGUUUGCACCAGGCUUUCAUAUGCAAAAUAGAAUCCAGCAGUAUCAACCCAAUGAAGUAAGUGAACAUUGGAAAAGACACAGUUAUGCAGGAGAGAAACCAGAAAGGACUCCAUAUUUACUGCUCAACAGAGCAAUUAAUCGGGCAAAUAAACCACCAAAUACUUGGAAAGUACCAUCUGAUAGUCUCAGCAUGAAAUCGUCAUUGCAUGGAAGCUAUACUGGUCACAAUGGGCAUCAAAAGGGUUUAGCUGAUCGUCUUUCACAGCCAAAGCUCAAUAUUGCAGAUAGGAACUCAGUUGUACGGAGAUCUUUCAAUGGAACAGACAAUCACAUUCGCUUUCUCCAGCAGAAAAUGCCAACUCUUGAGCGCACCACAAAAUCUUUUCUACGUAAUUGGCGUAUUGAAUCAUACUUAAAUGAUCAAUCAGAUUUUCCAGAAGAUGCAAAUGGUUCAGGGGCAGGUGAGAGAGGUGACGGCUACGAUGCAGCAGAAAAUAUCAAAGCCCUUGCUCUUUAUACCCAUUCUCGCCUACGCUCCUCAUUUGUUUUUAAGCCAACUCUGCCUGAACAGAAAGAAGUAAACAGCGGUGCAGGUUCCUCAAACUCAACUAUCAUUGGUUCAGAGGGUAGUAUAACACCGAAAGCAACACCAAAUCAUAUUCCCAAACUAGAGGAUGUGGUUAAUGACACAAAAGUGGAACCAAGUAAUAAUGUUCCACUGGAACCUGAUGUAAUAAAAAGCCAGAAUCAUCAUAUUUCAGAAGAUGGAAAACCAAACAAGACUCCACCCGUUAAUAGGGAGACAUCCCCCUUCCUCUGUUCCACUCCGAGUAUGAGUAGACGAGUUGAAUUUCUGAAGAAUCAACAGAAUGAAAACAUACUAAAAAGGAGAAGCUUUCCCAUAUUUGACCAUUCAAAAUCUAAUUUGGAUAAUGGAGAUGCGAAAGAGGUGUCCAGCUAUGUUUAUAGCACACUAAACAGGAACAGACUAAAGCAACCAGCAGCUAUAAAGCCAUGCCCAGAGGACAACGUAACAAAUGGUAAAAGUUUACACAGUGUAACCAAUCAUCUUCCAGAGGACAAUACAAACCCCAAAGAUGAACCAAAAAGCCCCACCACACCCAAUACCAUUUCUGUGGCUGAAUUAUUUGAGUCUAGUAAAGAAGACCCCAGUAAAGAUGCCUCAGCAAAAAAAGAGAGCAAACAAUCCCCAAGUUUCCUGAAAAAAGGAUCACAGAAAUUAAGAUCACUGCUGAAUCUUUCACCAGACAAGAAAGAAGGUUUGUCAAAAAACAAAGCUCCUGCUUUCUACAGGAUGUGUAGCAGUUCGGACACUCUGGUAUCAGAAGGAGAAGAAAUUCAAAAGCCCAAAGUGUCUGAAAUCAAGAUUGAUUGUUCUCCAAUAAGGAAAAGAACAUCCUCAUCCAAUUCACAAGUGAGCCUGCAUAGAAGCAAAGAGGAUAUUGCUGUGUCUCCAAAGUCCCUUAAGCCCCCUAAAUCCCCUAAAUCUCCCAAGCCUCCCAAAUCCCCCAAGCCUCCAAAGUCACCAAAAUCUCCAAAAUCUCUACAACCUCCCUCUGAUGAGACUAUUAAAAGAAGUCCAACUCUGAAACCCUUGGAAAAUAGGUUGUUAGAAGUACCUCCAGGUGACCCAUCGGCACCCAGAUUCAACACUGAACAGAUUCAGUACCAAGAUGUCAGGGAGAGGCAUGCAAACGCAAGCCGUGAGCGGGUACCCCCUUCUGCUCCUGUUACAGUUUCUUCGCAAAGAGUCAAUGCAGUGUCCCGUCACUCUUCUGCCACAAAGCCUACCGCUGAGCUCAUCAGGCCUCGCCUGGGUGAAAGGCGGAUUUACAGUCGCUUUGAGCAAUUCUGCAACUUAGAAAGCCCUUCUCAGCCAGCAAUAACUCAGCCAGUAAACAGCACCCAAAACAACAGUGCUCAGUUUUCAGAGGCAAGUAGCAAGACCGCAAGAAAUAAUUAUGCAAGGAAUAAUCCAGUAGUUAAUUACAACCCUGGUGUAUACCACCCGUUGCAUCCAAAUGAAAACAAGUUUCGAGGAAUUAUGCAAAGAUUUGGCAAUUUUAUAUACAAAAACAAAUGAAAAUUAUGGCAUGUGUACAUAUCAGUGCUGUGGAUACUUGAUAAGUAUAGACUAAUGGGCAGCUUUUGUAAAGCUUAGCUAAAAUUACUGCAGGGUUUAGAUUACUGCUAUACCUGUGUAUAAUAUUAAUUGCUCCAAAACUAUGUUUCAGCAUAAGUUUUGGAACUGGACAUGUUUAUAUGUAUUUAUGGUAUCUGAGAUAUAGUCAGAAUCACCUCAAGACUGAAUAUUUUAUGAAUUUCAAUAAGAUGACUGGACAAGCCAAGGGAAGCAUUUAAAACCUCAGCUACUUUCAAUGUUUCAGGACACUUGUAUAUUAUUAUUUUCCUGCACAAUAAAAUGUUUUUUGUUAUUAUUU